UAACCAUCCUAUUAGAAUACACAAACGAAUGGAAACCAUGAAUCUCAAUUUUGCGAAGAUGGACUUUACCGAUUUUACCAAAGUGUGAUUUCAAUUUUAUAGCGAGAAGUCGACAAUUCAUAGAUGGGCUUAUUGUUGAAUAAAGUUAAAUAUAUUUUCACUCAAUCAUCAUGAGAACAAGAACUUAUGAUGAGUCGAUGUCUGAAUCCCCGGGUGACAGCAGUUCAUCCUCAUCGUCUUCUUCAGAAUCCGAAAGCGACGAAGAGCGAAGAAAGCAGAGACAAGAAGAAAUUUUAAUAAACACCACAAAGCGCGAUGAAACGACCGAGAGAAUCGGGGAUAAGACGGACAAUACAUCUGAAGUAGCUACCGUAAACACAACUAACAAUACAGAGCAAGCAAACUUAGACUCAAGCACCAACAACGCUUCUAAAGAAAACAUCGUCGAGGGGGCGAAAAGCGAUGAAAAAAGGGCAAAUUCGCAAACAGAGUCGUCGAGCAGUAGUAGUAGCUCGAGUAGCAGUAGCGAAGAGGAAAGUCGUUCUCCUUCGAGAGUAGAGGUUACACCGGCGGUCACCCCUCCAACUGACAUUCCAACAGUCGUUAUCAAGCAGGCUAGUUCUGCUGAUUUAGAAACAGGCGACACCGCAGACGACACAGCCGAGAAGGUCAGUGACGCCAAAAAAGAGACACACAGUGACGUCACAACUGAAACGAAAAAGGAUAGUGACGUCACCAUCGCGGAUAAAUUUUCCGCUUUAAUACAAGGCGCGAAGGAAGACGCGGGAAAAAAAUCGUCCAGCGAUUCCAGCAGUUCGUCAUCUAGCGAUAGUGACAGCGGCGGGAAAACAGCUAACGUCACAAUUCAAAAGAAUACAGACGUCACAAAGGAAGUAGCGACCGUAUCUGUGACAUCACAGGAGAUUAAAACAGAGGAAUCAAGAGACGCGCAUAUAAUCCUACCAGUACAAUCACCAUCCGUGGAACCCAUCAAGAAAGAAACUAAAUCGUCGUCUUCGAGUUCGUCUUCGGAAUCGGACAACGAAAAACAGAAAACUACAGAUCAAGCAGUGGCAAAACCAGAAAUUGUAGAGGUAACACCGUCAAUUGAACUCCACGGCGAAGUAAAGAUUGACGUCACAAAAGACGUUGAAGUCUCUCAUAUUGACGUCAUUAAAACCGAUACGUCAACAAAAGUUACAAAAAGUAGCAGCAGUAGCAGUUCCAGUGAAAGCGACAAAGAAGUCAACAAAAGUGACGCCAUAAAAACCGGAACAAUAAUUCACAGUGAGGUCAUAAAGACUAAAACGGUUGUCCACACUGAGGUCAACAAUAAAACAAGUGACGUAACAAUACAAAAGCCCAUAGUUUCGACACAGGUCAAAACUGAUAAACAGAGUAGCAGCAGCAGUUCCAGUGACAGCGAUAAAGAAAAAUCGAAAAGUGACGUAACAAUCUCGAAACCAGGUGUUGUCAUAGCAACACAGAAGAAAAAAAGUGAUCACAGUUCUAAAAGUUCGUCGGAUUCAAAAGGUUCGAAACCCAGAAGAGCGAGUUCGUCUGACAGAAAAUCGGAUAAAAGUGACUCGGAUUCGAACAAAAAGAAAAUUCUAAGACGAAAAAGAAGGGAGGAAGCUCGUCUAAAAAAUCUUGAUAUCAGCUCGAGUUCGGAUUCGGAAGACGAAAAUUCGGUCUUCAAUCGAGCAAAAAAAAAAGCAUCGGGGUUGAAAAAACGUGUCGGAGAAAUCGAAAUUGAAAUAAAAUCAAGUUCGUCUUCUAGUUCGGGAAGCAAGAAGGCUACAAGCAAGCCCAAUUCGCCGAAAUCUCCGAGGAAACACGAAAAUAAAAGUUCUAGUUCGUCAAGUUCGGAUUCGAAAAAAGCGAAGCCUGUUGUAAAACCACCUUCUCCGAAACCACCUAAAGUUGAAGUACCGAAACUUACAAAACCGAAGCGAGAUUCGAGUUCUUCUAGUUCGGAUUCGGAUUCGAAGAAGUCAAAACCAGUGAAGAAACCUGAUUCUCCGAAGUCUCCCAAAAAGGAUAAACCGAAGAAAGAUUCAAGUUCAUCAAGUUCGGAUUCGAAAAAAUUUGACUUCAAUAUCGAGGCUCCUUCCAUAAAAGUUCCAUCACUUCCGAAAUUUCCAAAUCACAAAAAAAGUUCAAGUUCGUCCAGCUCUGAUUCGGAUUCAAAAAAAACUAAACCACUGAAAAAGCCUGAUUCUCCAAAAACUCCGAAAUCUCCUAAAAAAGAAAAACCAAAGCGAGAUUCGAGUUCAUCAGAUUCGAAUUCGAAAAAAUUUGAUUUCAAGGCUCCUUCAAUCAAAGUUCCAUCACUUCCGAAUCUCAAAAAAAGUUCGAGUUCGUCUAGUUCGGAUUCGGAUUCGAAAAAGGCAAAGCCAGUGAAGAAGCCUGAUUCUCCGAAAUCUCCCAAAAAGGAAAAGCCAAAGCGAGAUUCGAGUUCGGAUUCGAAGAAAUUCGACUUCAAGGCUCCUUCCAUAAAAGUUCCAUCACUUCCGAAGUUUCCGAAUCUCAAAAAAAGUUCGAGUUCGUCCAGCUCUGAUUCAGAUUCGAAAAUAACAAAACCAGUGAAGAAGCCUGGUUCUCCAAAAUCCCCGAAAUCUCCUAAAAAAGAAAAACCAAAGCGAGAUUCGAGUUCAUCAGAUUCGAAUUCGAAAAAAUUUGAUUUCAAGGCUCCUUCAAUCAAAGUUCCAUCACUUCCGAAGUUUCCGAAUCUCAAAAAAAGUUCGAGUUCGUCCAGCUCUGAUUCAGAUUCGAAAAAGACAAAACCAGUGAAGAAGCCUGGUUCUCCGAAAUCCCCGAAGUCUCCUAAAAAAGAAAAACAGAAGCGAGAUUCGAGUUCGUCAGGUUCCGAUUCGAAAAAACCCAAACUUGGAAUAAACGUUCCUUCGUUCAAAGCUCCCACACUUCCGAAGUUUCCGAAUUUCAAAAAAAGUUCUUCGAGCUCAUCUAGCUCCGAUUCGGAUUCGAAAAAGGCGAACCCAGUGAAGAAGCCUGGUUCUCCUAAGCCUCCUAAGAAGGAAAAAGCGAAGCGAGAUUCGAGUUCGUCAGAUUCGGAUUCCAAGAAGCCAAAACUCGGAAUUAAAGUUCCUUCAUUCAAAGCGCCAACUCUUCCGAAGUUUCCGAAUCUCAAAAAAAGUUCGAGUUCGUCAAGUUCGGAUUCGGAUUCGAAAAAGGCAAAACCAGUGAAGAAGCCUGGUUCUCCAAAGCCUCCUAAAAAGGAAAAACCGAAGCAAGAUUCGAGUUCUAGUUCGUCAGAUUCGGAUUCAAAAAAGACAAAACCAAUUCCCAUAAAAAUACCAACUAUAAGAACACCCACGCUUCCACGAUUUGCUGGCCUCAAAAAAGAUUCGAGUUCAUCAAGUUCGGAUUCGGAUUCAAAAACAUCGAAGCCUGUGAAGAAACCUGCAAGUCCGAAACCAACAAAAUCUAAAAUAGUUAUAAAAAAGACAAAAACAAGAAGUCGGAGUUCGUCAAGUUCGAGUUCGGAUUCGGACAACAAAAAGAAACCAAUUAUAGCUUUUAAAAUACCAGAAACAAAGCCUAAAAAGGCGCCACCAGCUGAAAAACCAACAGUUCAAGCAAAAUCACCAACAAGACGCCCGAAAGAGAGUGGAAAACCAAAAAAGAAAAGAGAUUCGAGUUCUAGUAGCUCGAGUUCGGAUUCGGACAGCAAAAAGAAGCCAAUUAAGGCUUUCAAAAUACCAGAAUCGAAGUCUAAAAAAGCGCCUCCAGUUGCGCCCAAAAAACCCGCAGUUUCAAAACCCGUAACGAACAAAUCUCCAACAAGACGUCCGAAAGCGCCGGAAAAGCCCAAGAAAAAAAGAGAUUCGAGCUCUAGUAGUCCGAGUUCGGAUUCGGAUAACAAAAAGAAACCGAUCAAAGAUUCAAAACCCAAAAAAUCGACUUCAAUUGUACUGAAAAAGCCCGCAGUCACGAAACCAGCUGCAACGAAAUCACCAACAAGACGUCCGAAGCCAUUGGAAAAAUCGAAGAAAAAAAGAGAUUCUAGUUCCAGUAGUUCGAGUUCAGAUUCGGAUAGCAAAAAGAAGCCGAAUAAAGAUUUAAAAUCCAAAAAAUCGACUUCAGUUGUAGUGAAAAAGCCCAUAGUCACAAAACCAGCUGCAACGAAAUCACCAACAAGACGUCCGAAGCCAUUGGAAAAACCGAAGAAAAAAAGAGAUUCAAGCUCUAGUAGUUCGAGUUCGGAUUCGGAUAGCAAAAAGAAAUCGAAAAAAGAUUCAAAACCCAAAAAAUCGACUUCAAUUGUAGUUAAAAAGGCAGAAGUUACAAAAACAACGCCAGCAAAAUCACUAACAAGGCGUCCGAAGCCUUUAGAAAAACCGAAGAUAAAAAGAGAUUCGAGCUCUAGUAGUUCGAGUUCGGAUUCGGAUAACAAGAAACGGUCAAAGGUCAAAAAAGCGGAAGUUACUGUAAUAAAAAGGAGUCCGCAAAAGCCAAGAGCUCCAAAACAACCCAAAAUCCCCAAAAUUAAGCGUGAUUCUAGCUCCGAUUCGGGUAAAAAGGUCGUCAAAAAGAUAUCACCGCCUCCUAAGAAAGCUCCAACCGGUCCGAAAUUACCCAAAGUUACUGUCGUAACCAAAAAGAAAAGAGAUUCAAGCUCUAGUAGCAGCAGUUCAGAUUCUGAGAACGAUAAAAAGAAUAAAAAAGCUAUUUCCGUCCCUAAAAAGACUUCAAAAGUACAAAAAUCGGUAAAAACGAAACGUGACUUGAGUCCUAAUUCCGAACGCAGAAAAGUGACCGAAGUUAACAAGAGAGCGUCAAGGGAACCGAGAAAACCGAAGAUUGAACUAAGCAAAAAGCGAGACUCAAGUUCCAGCUCCGAUUCAGAUAAAGAUAAGUCUAAAAAGAAGUCUACUAUUACGAUAGUGGUCAAAAAAUCAGAAAAGGGUCCGAAAGUGUCCAAAACGCACAAAAACCGAUCUGAAUCAAGUUCAAGUUCGGACACUGAUAAAGAAAAGUCAAAUAAAGUUGAAAAGAAAGAUAAAUCUACCGAACCACAUAAAAAACGAACUGAUUCGAAUAAAAGUUCGAGCGACGAAAAGAAUAAAUCACCAAGAAGACCGAAAUCUCGAAAAUCGAACAAAAGUCGAAGCGGAACGGAUUCGAGUUCGGACCGGGGAUCAAAGAAAUCUUCUGGGCACAAAAAGCGAUCAAAAAGUCGUUCCCGAAGUCGAAGUUCUUCUAGUUCGAAUUCGGACAAAUCAGCUAGCAAAAAGACCACGCCCAGAACUAAAUCACCCAAUCAACGAUUGACUUCUCCGAAAUUCAAAUCUCAAGAAACCAAUCAGAAAACGAUGGAGACCUCACGCAGACAUCGGCACAAGCAUAAGAAGCGAGAUGAACGUUCUUCCUCGUCUUCUUCAAGCGAUUCCAGUAGUUCAAAAAGUUCUAAUCGAUCUGGAACGCCAAGACCAAAAGCAGCUCAUCCAUCUCGACGAUCUCAAUCCCCACAAAAAUCUGAUGGAAUUUCGCCUCCUCCAAGAACACCCACAGGCGACUCAGAACUACAUAUCCUACGUCGUAGAAAGAAAACAAGCUCGGCACCGACACGGCCAACGUACAUGAUGGCGCAGAGUGCAAACUUGGUUUAUUUGCAAAAAGAAUUAGACAGAAUACAAAAAGACCUUGACAGUAUGAAGCGAGUAAACAUGGCAAAAAGACCUGAAGUCAAGCCAUACAAACCUUACACUUGGAACAGCUUAUCACCCUACUACAAUACAGAUACGGUUGAAUAUCUAUUAAAAAUGCCAGUACCUGUUCGUCAAGGCCACAGCACAAGAUUAACAGCAAACGGAAUGGUCGACCCAGAGGUUUCAUGGAGAAUGGAUCACGUCCUGGCGCCAAUUAAUCCGUCGAGACCAGAAUUGUACAGGAAACAUCAGCCAAAACGAAGAAGUCAUUCUUCUGUAUCAAGGAACCAGAGACAUGAAAUUAUAACUCCAGAUUAUCCGAAGUUGAAUCUUCCUAAGGAAGAGGAAAGAGGCAGAAAUUCUGCAAAAUCAAACAAGCUACCGGUUACUCCACAGAUGAGACCAACAUACAGCGCGUAUUUUGGAACACCAAGAAGGCCUGUUCACAGAGCGAGCCCAAGAGUGAAGUGAUUCGAUGCGAAAAGUAUUACACGCUAAAAAUAUUAAUAAUAUGCAAGAAUAUAUAUUAAACAAGCUUAUACCGACAUUUCCGCACGAUCAUAACUGGAAGUCUUUGUAAGGUUACGUAUACAACCAAUGAAUUCCGUAAUCGUACAACUCUGCUAUCGCCAAAACUUGUAUUCGAGUCGAAAAUUCCAGCUCACGCUGCAGAAAAUCUUAUGCCCGCACCACCGAUUUUAACCUUAGUUCCAUUUCCUAUAUAUUAGUUUGUAUGUAUUCGAAUCAAGGAAACAUUAUCGACUAAUAUUUGGUUAUGAAAUGUAUGCUUCCAUUUGUUUACGCAGAAGUGAAACAAAUAACUAGAACUUUUCAAACAUUUUCUUACCCGACACGGACUGGUAACCGGCCAUUGUACGUCAUAUGAUUGAGCAAUCUUAUUCAUAUUCCUCAUCCGCCAAUUUGGAAAUACACUUUCCCAGUGGUUCUCAAACUUUUUUAGCCACGCCUCCUUUUUAGAAUUUGUCAUGUCUCGCGGCCCACCUCAAAAAUAACUAGUUA